AUGAAGGGCUAUCUCAAAAAUAAAAUGGAAGACGAAGACGACGAAAUAAAUCCUUUCACAAGCCUCCUAACCGACGAAGAUGACAAACCCAUUGUAUUCACUACCAUACAAGACGAUUCACCAAAGCAAGAAUUAUUUCAAAAACAUUUCCUCCGUUCGAUUCAAUCAGCGGUUACAAUUCGUCAGCUCCCAUCGGAAGGUAUCUCCUUCCAGCUCUGGCCCACCGCCUCCUCUCUCGUCUCCCUCCUCGACAACCACCGCAUAAAUCCCACCAACAGCCCUCUCUCCACCGCCUUCACAACACUUAACGCCAACGGCCCUCUGAGGAUCCUCGAACUCGGCUCCGGUACCGGAAUAGUCGGUAUAGUCGCCGCCGCCACUCUCGGCAGCAACGUAACCCUAACAGAUCUCCCUCACGUAGUUCCCAAUCUCAAGUUCAACGCGGAAGCCAACGCAGCUGUUGUGGGGUCCAGCGGUGGGACAGUUACAUUUGCACCUCUGAGGUGGGGCCAUGCUGAUGACGUGGAGAUAAUUGGGAGAGAGUUUGAUGUUAUCGUAGCUUCGGAUGUAGUGUAUCAUGAUCAUCUCUAUGAGCCGUUGAUUGAAACGCUGCGUUUGUUGUUGGUUGGGAAGAAGAUUGUGUUUGUCAUGGCUCAUACGAAGAGGUGGAAAAAAGAAUCGGUUUUCUUCAAUAAAGCGAGGAAGCACUUUUUCAUUGAUGUUUUGCAUGUUGACACUCCUUGCCAUGGUUCUAGAGUUGGUGUUGUUGUGUAUCGUUUUGUUGGGAAGAGUUAG